AUGUCAUAUACAACGCCUACACGUGAUCAAGUAUAUGUACCAGAGACGUUAUUAAAAAAGCAAAGGACGACUGAAAAGGCCAAUGCAGAAAGAGCACUUCAAUUAGCACAGGAAAAGAAGGAAAAGAAAGACGAUAGAAAAAUUAUAUUUAAAAAGGCUGAUGCCUAUGUGAAAGAGUAUAGGCAAAAAGAGCAAGAUACGGUUCGAUUACGUCGUCAGGCCAAACAAGCAGGCAACUUUUAUAUACCUUCACAACCUACACUACUAUUUGUCAUUCGGAUCAGAGGAAUUACAGAUGUUCAUCCCAAAGUAAAAAAAGUGCUUCAACUCUUUCGACUCUUACAGAUCAACAAUGGUGUCUUUGUUCGAGUGAAUAAAGCCACACAACAGAUGCUUCAGGUUAUUGAGCCUUAUGUAACCUAUGGACCUCCUAACCUGAAGACGGUGCGUGAAUUGAUUUAUAAGCGUGGAUAUAUCAAAAGCAAGGAAGGCCAUCGACUACCAAUCACAGAUAAUCAAUUAAUCAAGGAUCAUCUCGGACAAUUUGGGAUUAUCUGUGUAGAAGAUGUGAUUCAUGAAAUAGUUACAGUAGGAGAUCAUUUCAAGCAAGUCAAUAACUUUCUUUGGCCAUUUAAAUUAAGUAAUCCUAAUGGACAUAAGAAAGUCAGUUGGAAACCACACAAGUUUCAACAUUAUGUCGAAGGAGGAGACGCGGGUGAUCGAGAAUUUGAUAUCAAUAGACUCAUUCAAUCCAUGAUUUAA